AUGGCGGCAGCCUCCUCAGGACAGCCUGCAGGCCAAGAUGUGCCGCCACGGAUAUCAGCAGACCUGAUUGACCCGCCGACGCAGCGUCUCUACCUGGUCUCGCUCUUUGUCGGGCUGCAGAGCUAUAAAAUCUAUCAGCUCUGCCGGUCGUCUCUUCCGCUCACAGUACUCGAGUCCCUAGCCAGUGCUAGCCUGAUCAGUGAUGGCACACUCACCCGAGCGCUCUACCUGCUCGGUCUGACGAAUGAUCAAGGAGAAGAGGCAGCGCUGCCGAGUUUGAUCACGUGGAUCUUGCUCGACCUCGUCUUUUGUCUCGUCAUUGUGCCUUUGCUACGCAUACCAAGGCUGAGACCAGCUCUGCUUCAUCGAGCGGCAGCCUGUGGACUGCUCUGCUUCAUCGACUUUGCAUUCCUCGGCAAUUACACGCUGUCCACCCUCCUCGCUUUCUUUGUGCCGGGCACGCUCUCAUCCAUCUUUGACUACCGUGUCGGCCUCUCAGAGACGCGCGUCAGGCUCUCGACUGUCAUGGGCACGCCACAGUCUCAUCUCGAAGGUCAAAAGACCGUGAGGAUUCUCGCUUUUGCGACUGCGCGCUUCGAACCGCUCGCAAAGAGCUACUGUCUUUCGUCUGAACAAGCAUCUGCAUCGCUGCCCAUCGAAUUCAACAACACCGUUCCAGCAUAUCUGCAGUACUCGGUUGCACCUUUUGACGGCAGCGAGCAAAAGUCACUGUACAACAUCACUGCCUCUGAACUCAUCUCGCCCUCAUCGACCGGGCGCACGUAUGACGAUCUGGACGAUGACGACGAAUGGUCCGAGCGGCCGGCACAACGUGCUGCUCGACAACCCGUGCGCGCUAAGCAGACCAAGAUCUACCAUCUCAAAGUACCCCAGACGGGUCUCAUCAGACUCGAGAGGAUACUCGAUCGACAUGAUGUUGACAUUCGCCUGCCGGAUAAGCACUCGCCUCUGCUCAUCGUUCAAUGCCCACAAGCCUCUUUUGCGCCUUUGCAAGCACGCGCGUCUCGCCCUCGGUUACACGACGACGAGCAUCUGUGCGAAGGUCAGCAAACGCAAUACGACGUCCAUGUGCGCGGUGUGGCCCCCUUGUCGGUUUCAUACCGUUGGCAAUCGCUGUCGACGGCGAAGCAGCAAGAGCACAUUGGCAAGGACAGGAGCAAGACGCUCAAGCUCGAGAGCCUUGUCCAGCCUGGCUCACCUGCUCACAAUCUCCUCGCCCGGAGUGACUAUCGCUGGGCCGAGCCGCAGCAGCUCACAGUACCCAUCAAACUGACGACGACCCAUGCAGGCAUAUUCGAAUAUAGCCUCGAUACCGUCACGGAUGCUCUGGGCAACAGAUUGGACAUCGCAAGCCAGCGCGAGAGAUCAACUGCGAAAGGCAAUCUGGAAGUUCGAAAGAUGACUGUGUAUGCACCUGCCCAGAUAAGCUUUCUCGGCUGCGACGAUGAGCCGGCGCGUCUGUUGCGAGGCCGUUCGACCUCGCUCAACUUGCAGAUUGAGGAUGGUACAGACGCACCUUGGACUAUCAGGAUAGCCUACACACCGGAAGCGGGUGCAACUGCCAAAUCACGGGCAUGGGAUCUCACAAGCUCCGAGCGCAACAAGCGCUUCGCCGUCUCCGACCCCGGCAGCUACGACAUUGUCUCGGUCAAGGGCUCGCAUUGUCCUGGCGCCGUACUCCUGCCCUCGACGUGCCGCGUGAUUGAUCAGCCUGCGCCCUCCGCAAAUAUUGUAUUCGAGCGGAUCCGAGAUGACUGUGCUGGCGAGAUAGGCAUCAGGGUCAAAGCCGACUUGACAGGCGUACCUCCGUUCAAUCUGCACUACCGCACGUUGAGAGAUGGCCGAGUCAUCUCGACAAAGUCUCAGCGUAUCUUGCGUUCGCGAGAGGAAAUCAAUCUACAACCGGACACGCCAGGAAGCUACACGUACGAAUUCGAUCGGCUCGAUGACAGGCAUUACUCCGAUAUCAGGCUCUCCGCCUCAGUUGCUCAAACCGUCCAUUCCCUGUCCAGUGCACGCUUCACCGGUCCGGGUGAUCGGGUUCUGUGGAGCUGUCAGGCGGGUGAGACGCUAGAAACUAAUGUCGAGCUGUCGGGCGUCGGGCCUUGGUCACUCAAGUAUGGCCUACGUUCCGGUCAGACUUCUCAGCGAGAAUUUGUAGCAAAAGAUAUCAAGGCUGCCUCGCAUAUCCUCAAGAUUCCUUUGCCAGCGGAUGCGCUAGUAUCGGGCAAUCGCCUCGUCAUCUCAUUGAUCUCUGUGACAGAUGCACGAGGCUGUCAGCGCUCUUUGACUGUGCCAGACGUCAACAUCGAGAUCAAGACAACAAAUCCUGUUGCAUCGUUCGCUGUGACGGCCGGCGAAGCAAAUGUGAAGAUCAGGGCGGGCGAUUCCGCUUCGUUGCCAAUCCGCUUGUCGGGUGAAGGCCCCUGGACGGUCGAGUACCGGCAUUCAGAAAGCAAAGGACCGCCGAGGAAGGCUAUCUUUCGCUCGCAUAAUGCCGACCUGCUCGUCGAUAUGCGUGGCAGCUACGAGCUCGUCUCCGUCCGUGAUCAGCAUUGUCCAGGUACAAUCGACAGGUCGCAUGCAAAAUAUGGCGUCGAGUUUCUCCCUCGACCGGCUGUGAGAGCUAUCGAGGGCUCAUCUGCUGCUUCCAAUGGCUCCGUCAUACUCCCGCCCGUUUGCGAGGGUACGGGCGACGCAUUUCAGCUUCAAACAGAAGGACAGUAUCCCCUCGAGCUCGCUUAUACCAUCCAAGGUCCCGGCAGUCACAAGGAGAGCAAGACCGUGCAAGCUGCUCAACAAGUUGCAACAAUCAUGCUCGAUACGUCCUUUGCGGGUCAUCGCAUCUACACAGUCACUUCGGUCAGCGAUACACUUUACAUCAAGCCACGCGCAGAUGGCGUCAAGAGUCCAGUCCCAGGCAUCGGUAAACCUCUCAGAUACGAGCAAGAUGUUCUUAAAAGGCCCGAUGCCAUAAUUAAGGUCGACGCCGACAAACAGUUUUGCGCGGGCCAGAGCAUCAGCUCAAUGCCUGGCUUGACCGUCCAUUUCUCGGGACAGGCACCGUUUGAGGCAACGUUCGAAGUCAGGGAAGAAGGACAGACUGUGCCGGACACGUUUACGGUUGAUGAUAUACGGACUUCUGAAUGGGCCGUCGAUCUGCCCUAUCCGUUCGAUCGACCCGGUAGACAUCUCGUGGCGCUCAAGUCUGUCAGUGACGCUACAGGUUGCCGUCGUGACGAUCUAGGCACUCGAAGCGAAGUGGCAGCAGCAGGUGCAAUUUCCAAAACGAUCAUCGUUGCUGAAAGUGCAGCCAUCAAGGCAGUACAAGCCCAGCGAGAUCAUUGCGUGGGCGAUGUGCUGGAUUACGUCCUACAAGGCGCAGCGCCCUGGACGAUCACGACAGAGUUCAACGGGAAACGCACGACUGUGACGACCAGGAAGCCGCUUCUCUCGCGUCUUGCAGAAUCGCCUGGCAAUUUCAGCAUUGUGGACAUUGCGCACAAAGGCAGUAGCUGUAAGAGCACUCAGAAGGGUCUGCAGAAGAUCAUACAUGGCAUGCCCAUCGCGCGCGUUGACGCGGGUUCUGUGGACAUUCGCGAAGGCGACGAAGCGGAAGUCAUCUUCACUUUCACCGGAACGCCUCCCUUUGCGUUUACGUACAUUCGAUCUGCCGGCAAAGGACGAAGGCGUCGAGUGGAAGAGACGCAUACGAUCACUGGGCUGAUGGAGUCGACUUAUACGGUCUACACCUCGCUCGAAGGGACUUGGGAAGUGACCUAUGUCGCAGACGCAUUCUGUGCAUACCCUCAGAGGCCUGUCUCAUCCGACACGCUCCUGCUAAAAGACUGA